AUGAAACAUCUCCUGGCCUUGCUGGUAAUGCUGGGGUCUUUUCAGCAUGCCUUACCUGAAUCAUAUUCUUGCUCAGCCUCAGAGUUUAAACUAGAUGGAGAAUACAUACUGGGAGGCCUUUUCGACAUUCAUCAUGGCAGCAGCUCAGUUCCUUACAACCGACCGGAGACUGUGGAUUGCUCUCGGUGAGUCCUGUAGCAAACCAUUCAACAUACCUUUCAGCCUUCAGGGAACUCUUAUCUCUGGUCCUGGAGGUACCGGGCAUGCAGUUUUUCUUCCAGACCAAUAUGAACACAACCAAUUUAAUUAAGCAAUGUUCGUACUGAAGACCAAGUUCAUUGUCAACUUGUUUUAGUGUUGGGUUGAAAUAAAAGCCUGCAUACCCAGUACCGCUCCAGGAACGGAGUUGGAGACACCUGAGUUCAAUCAUAACACUUCCAUGUAAGUAACGUGAAAUGUUAUAGUACUGUAAAUGUAUUAUACCAAAUGUUUAACCUCACUUAAAGGAGCAAUCUGCAGUUCAAACAAUAAAGUGGUUACCCCACCUCUGUUUUGGUAAAUACCUGAGGGAUGGGGCUGGAGAAAUGGAGGUAAGGACUGACCCUCCAUGAGAUCAAAAUUAUAGUUUUAACCAUGUUUUGAGGCUAUACAGUGUUUGGUAAAAAAUGGUAUAUGUUGGGUUCUGAUGGGGUACCACGUAGUGAUGGGCAUUCCAAGUAUUUUCAGUAAAACGGCUCAUUUGGUUUCGUUCAGCUAGUUACUAGUUACCUGUCAAAUUGUAAUCAGUAAUGUAAUCUGAUAACUUUCCGUUACUUUUGGAUUACUUUCCAUUACAUUAGAAGACAAAAAGGAUCCAGCAAACGCAUUUGGUGUGUCAUAAUAGUGGUCUCUGACUUGUGGUCAGACUCGCUCAGGUGGAACAUAGACUUGCAAAUUUUUUCAAUGCUGAAUUGAAUGUCAUUGAGAAAACAGAAAGGUGACAAUGUAUUUUUUCCCGCAAACAUCCUUUCUGAAUUUCAAAGUAAUCCAAGAAGUAAUCCUAGUUUUUCAAAAGUAUCUAAUCUGAUUACAAUAUUUUUGGCGUUAACAUAACUGGUUAGUUUUUUUGUAAUCAGAUUACAUGCAACUGAUUACAUGUCCUCAGUUACUCCUAAACCGUCUUUGCCUGCAAUUAUGUCAGAACGUGAUAUGUGAGUUCUAUUUUUUUUUUACCUGAACUAAUUAUUAGGUGGCCUGCAAAAAAAAACAGAAAAACAAUUAAAGCACUGCAAAAAUGUGUGUGGACCAGAAAAAGUAUCUCUCCUCACUAUCUAUUGUCCUGCAGUGAGGAAUUACAAUCUUCGGAGAAUGUUUUUAUAACUUAUCUGCAGAUAAUCGUUGUCUGGAGCUCAAAAUCAGUAGUAGCAGUAUGCAAAUCAGGGAGCCAAAUGAACGGCUCUUUUACAGAUGCGAUUCAGUUCAUGAUGUUCAGCCAAAAGAGCCAUUCAAAAAGAGCCGUUCGUUCGUGAACGACCCAUCACUAUUCGACAGUUGAACUAAGCUCAUGAAAUAAUUUAUAAGAGUAAGUUAUAAGAAUCAAUGGGUAUAUAUCAUUCAUUUAAAAGUCAAAAAAAUGGAUGUACUUAUCGCAGAUUGACACUUUGAAGGGAACGACACUGCUGCUACUCGCUGUUUAUUAUCUAUGCAUAGUCACUUUACCCCUACCUACGUGUACAAAUUACCUCGACUAACCUGUACCCCUGCACAUUGACUCGGUACCGGUACCCCCUGUAUAUAGCCUCGAUAUUGUUAUUUUAUUUUUAUUUCUUGAACUGCAUUGUUGGUUAAGGCCUUGUAAGUAAGCAUUUCACAGUAAGGUCUACACCUGUUGUAUUAGGUGCAUGUGACAAACAAAAUUUGAUUUGAUUUGAUAAACAGCCACCACAAACUUCAGCUAACUUUAACCACUGCUAGCUAAAAAUCAAUCAAGUGAUUGGGGUAUGUGGCACAUGAUAAAAGAGUGGCCAAAUCACCUUUUAAAGUAAUAUUGAACCAAAUACUUGAGUUGAUUACAUUUUUGCCAUAUGUACCCCAAUCACUUGAUUGAUUUUUAGCUAGCAGUGGUUAAAGUUAGCUGAAGUUUGUGGUGGCUGUUUAUCAAAUCAAAUCACUCCCACUGUUUUUAACUGUUGGCUAAAGUUUGCUGAAGUUUGUAAUGGCUGUUUUUACCUUCUUGAACAGCAAUAGCUCAGAUACACAUGGAAACAUGAAAUGACCCUGGGAAUUGAUAGAACAUCACUCAGAGAUGCACAUAACAAUAUAUAACAUUCAAAAUGGGUGACUUUGUUAAAGGGGAAGUUUAGUAUUUUACAACUUAAAGGAAAGAUUCCUUUAAGUUGUAAAAUACUAAACUUCCCCUUUAACAAAGUAAGUUGACAAAUUAGGUGAAACCGCAGUAUGUGAAGUGAAUAAACAUUUCAAAUUGCAUAUGCCAGUAGUCACACCAGGAAAAAUCAACUCAUUUUCUGUGUACACACUGUUCCUCUUUCCACAGACAGUCGUUUACCAUGUCAAGUUAUCGGAUGUUUCAGGUGAUGAGGUUUGCUGUACAAGAGAUCAAUAACUCCAGCCUCAUCCUGCCCAAUGUAUCGCUCGGUUAUGAGAUAUUCGACCACUGCUCAGACACAUUCAACUUUCAGUCAAUUUUGGAUAUGAUCUCCAGAAAUGGAUCAAUUCAAGUUCUGAGGUGCGUCAACGAGUAUCUGUCCAAAGUCAUAGCUGUGGCCGGUCCAUUUAGAAGCAUGGAGUCCAUGACUGUUGCUCCCUUGUUUGCGAUGAAUCUAAUUCCAAUGGUAAUACAUACUUACAUUAAGUCAUUUUGAUCACUUUAAAUAAGUAUAUUAGGGCUGGGGUACACCUGGAGAGCUACUGGGUGUGCAGGCAUUUGUUCCAGCCCUGCUCUAACAUCAGGAUCUUGAUUAACUGAAUCAGGCGUGUUAGAGCAUAGCUGGAAUACAAUUCUGCACUCCUAGUAGCUCUCUAUGAGGAGGGUUGAGUAGGUCACCACCCUAUUGGGUUAUUCUUGUCUAUGUUUGUCUAAAAUGGAAAUCUCUUUCUUCACAGGUAAAUUAUGGGUCCUCUAGUUCUGUUUUAAGUGAGAAGUGGAAAUAUCCCUCAUUCAUGCGAACCACACCAAGUAACAAAGACUUAAUACAUCUGAUCAUUCUGAUUAUACAGCAUUUUAAUUGGAACUGGGUUGCAUUCAUCAGCAGCAGCGACGAGAACAGUCAAAAUGGCCUACAGCUGUUCAAAAGCAAGCUGGAAGACACUAAGAUCUGCUUAGCUUACGCAAAAGAGCUCAAUGAAAUGUCUGAUCACUAUGAAAUACUUCAACAGUUAGAGGGUCUUAACAUAGAGGUCAUUAUAGUUUUUGCCGGGCAGAGCAGCGCUGUUGCAUUCAUUAAAUCAGCAAUCAAGCACAACAUACACAACAAAGUGUGGAUCGCAAGCGACACUUGGUCCUUGAACAAGAAACUCCCCAAGUUGAGCGGAAUCAAGGCGAUUGGCACCAUCAUUGGAAUAACAGAGACAGUGAUGUCAUUACCUGGGUUUAAGAAUUUUGUCUAUUUGUCCCAAACACAAAGGAAUGAUAGGCCUACAACAUGUGAGCAAACACCAUCCGGACAAACAUGCAAUCAAGCUUGUGACCUCUGUAGGGAUGUGAGCCCAGAAGAGAUCAUCGGUGAAAACCCAUCAUAUUCUUUCGCCAUUUACUCUGCCAUUUAUGCUAUGGCCCACGCAUUACAUAAAUUGUUACUAUGUGACAUCAAGGGAUGCAGUGACAAUGUAACUGUGUAUCCAUUUAUGGUAAGCAUUUGAAGCGUUGCAUAUACACUACAUGGCCAGAAGUAUGUGGACACCUGCUUGUCCAAAUUCUCCUUCCAAAAUCAUGGGCAUUAAUAUGGAGUUGGUCCCCCCUUUGCUGCUAUAACAGCCGCCACUCUUCUGGGAAGGCUUUCCACUAGAUGUUGGAACAUUGCUGCGGGGACUUGCUUCCAUUCAGCCACAAGAGCAUUAGUGAGGUCGGGCCCUGAUGAUGGGUGAUUAGGCCUGGCUCGCAGUCAGUGUUCCAAUUUAUCCCCAAUGGUGUUUGAUGGGGUUGAGUUCAGGGCUCUGUGCAGGCCAGUCAAGUUCUUCCACACUGAUCUCGACAAACCAUUUCUGUAUGGACCUCGCUUUGUGCACGUGGGCAUUGUCAUGCUGAAACAAAAAAGGGCCUUCCCCAAACUGUUGCCACAAAGUUGAAGCACAGAAUAGUCUAGAAUGUCAUUGUAUGCUGUAGCGUUAAGAUUUCCCUUCACUGGAACUAAGGGGCCUAGCCCGAACCAUGAAAAACAGGGACUGAUGAUUUUUACGCGCUUCAGCACUCGGUGUACCCAUUCUGUGAGCUUGUGUGGCCUACCACUUCACGGCUGAGCCAUUGUUGCUCCUAGACGUUUACACUUCACAAUAAUAGCACUUACAGUUGACCGGGGCAGCUCUAGUAGGGCAGAAAUUUGACGAACACACUAAAUCCACUAAUUUGAAGGGGUGUCCACAUACUUUUGGCCAUGUAGUGUACUUGUUUGAAGAGAAAUGGCAUUACAAUAUUGAAGAAUACAUCAAUUGAAAGGAUGCAUCUAGGCUACACUUGUGAUAAAUGAGGUGAUCGGGAGGCUGGAGUGCGUCUUUCAAGGUAGACUUAGCAAUAUGACAUCAUCAUACACUGCAGGGCAACUUCCCGCUUACAGACAACAACAGCAAUAGAAACAACAUUUUAAUCUGCCAGGACAGCCAUUACUAGCUUGCUCUAAUUUGUGGCCUCACUUCGGGCAUGCCCAUAUGUCCACAUUUGGAAAAGCCAGUUGUGGCAGUUUUUGUUGUCUGUAAUCAAAACCGUACCCCAAUGUGUAUGAUGUUGUCAUUGCUAAGUUUACCUUUAAAUGUCCACACAAAGGUGUGAACCUUUGAAAGUGUGAAUCAGUAGUGAAUAAUCCCUAUAACAUUGUUAUAGUGUUUACACACCACAAAUGUUCUUGCAACACUACAUUCUUGUCUGAUUUCAGCUUCUCCAAGAAUUAAAGAGGUCAAAAUUCACACUAUUGAACCGGCAUAUUGAGUUUGACAACAAUGGAGACCCGACAUCUACUUCUUAUGCUAUUGUUUUCUGGAACCAGAGUGGCCAGGCCCAGAAAGUGGGCUCUUAUGAAACUGAUCCAACAGUUGACGUUUCCUUCUCUAUCAGCAACACAAAAAUUCACUGGUAUACUGACCAAGUAAGUCAUUUUCCUGGUUUUAAUAAAUCAUAAAUCCUUAAUGAAUUAUAUUUUUCUAUUUUACAUGUAUAAUAAAGGCCAUUUGAUCAUAACACACAUUUGGUCUUUCUAAGGUGCCUGUCGCACGCUGUUCCCCUGAAUGUUCAGAGGGAUUUGCAAAGAAAAAAGAUGGACUACAUGAUUGUUGUUUCCAGUGUAACGUCUGCCCCAGUAUGACUUAUGUUAACUACACAGGUAAGAGGUCCAGAGAUAAAGAGAGAAAUCUUCUUGGAUUAUGGUGUUCAUGGACACUCAUGGGGGUUAAAGUAAGGUUGAAGAAAAGGAAUAUGACAUUAUUUAUGUAUAUUUUUGUUUCAGCUGUUUAUGGUGUUUUACUUCCUACUAGAAAACAUACUUCACACCUGGUCCAAAUGUUACCGUAGACCUACUAAUUAUGUCCUCAUGCGCUCUUCCACUGGAGAUGAUAAAAUGUAUGUAUGAUGCCUGGCUGAUCAUUGAUUAUCGUCUUCUUGCCAAACAGACGACCCAUACAGCUGUGUCGACUGUAGGAAGACAGAGUGGUCCAAACCAGGAAGCACCUUUUGCACACAACGUUCAGUGGAGUAUAUACCUUUCACAGACCCUGUCGCCAUCACACUCAUGUUUUCCACAGGCGUCCUGUUAGCACUAACACUAGCCAUUGUCAUUCUUUUUGCUCUCAACUAUGACAAGCCGGUUGUUAAGUCUGCCGGUGGGCCAAUGUGUUUCCUUCUUCUGGGCUGCUUGAGUGCAAGUAGUAUAAGUGUGUUCUUUUUCUUUGGGAAACCAACAGUGACCAAUUGUGUGUUGAGGUAUUUUCUAUUUUUGCUGUUCUACACUGUCUGUUUAGGCUGUUUUGCUGUGCGCUCCUUUCAAAUAGUUUGCAUUUUCAAAAUGGCCGCCAAGUUCCCUAAGAUUCACAGGUGGUGGGUGAAGCAGAAUGGACAGGUGUGGGUCAUCGCCAUAGUCUUUGUUCUUCAGCUGUUGUUGCUUACAACAGUGUUCACUGCCAGCCCUCCCACACCAGUCAAUGACAUGACAUCAUACCGAGAUCAAAUAAUACUAAAGUGUGCCAUGAGAAGAUCAUUGAUCGUGUUCUUGUUAUUGACUAUAGUCCUGGCAAGCCUUUGCUUUAUUUUCUCAUACAUUGGAAAAGACCUGCCCAAAAACUACAACGAGUCCAAAGCAAUCAUCUUGUACCUGCUUUUCCUUAUACUUACAUGGAUCACUUUCUGCACAGUAAGCAUAUCAUACCAUGGUAAAUAUAUACAGUUAUUCAAUGCAAUAUCAGUGCUUUCCAGUAUAUACAGCAUCCUCUUCUGCUACUUUCUCCCUAAGUGCUACAUCAUUAUCUUUCAGCCCCAUAAAAAUACACAACAGUAUUUCCAAGGGAUCAUCCAACGUUACACUCAAAACAUCAGUAGUAAGUAG